AUGAAUGAUGUUCAGUGUUUGAUUGAUCGUCAACUCGGCAUUUAUUGUCGUCUGAACUACGAUAACAUCUUGAAACGACUUAUAGUAGACAGCGAAGAAUCGUACUAUGGGCUGCAGAAUGCCAACAUAGCGGCGAACUUCGACCAGGAUCCGCCGAUAUUUGCAUGCCGAUUCUCGGAGGCUCCCGGUUAUGAGCACAUCCUUGCUCUUGCAAACGAGGAUGGCAGAGUCGCUAUCCAGGAUACAUCCACCGUACUCUCUGCUAGCACACUGGAAGGAUUCCAAUGCCACAACAAUGCUGUCUUUGAUCUAGCUUGGAUGCCUCAGAAUAUGAACUUCGUGACAGUAUCAGGUGACCACACAGCAUGUCUAUGGGAUGUAGGAGAAGGCGCACCUAAAAGGGUCCUAGUAUUUUCUAAUCACACGAGAUCUGUGAAGACUGCAGUGUUCCGACCCACUGAGCCGUCAGUGUUCGCCACCGGCGCCAGGGACGGACACAUACUGAUCUGGGACAUAAGGGCCAACAACCAACCUGCCGUCGUACUCAAACCAGACAACUGUCUCAUGAACUGUCACUCUAGCUUCAACCCCAAGACGCCCGGCUCUCACGGCAAGCGACCUCGCAUCGACAACCACCGCGCCAUCAGUAUCACAGGCCUCGUCUUCCAAGAUGACAUGACGCUCUUAUCUUGCGGAGAGUGCGACGGUAACAUCAAAGUGUGGGAUCUUCGUAAGAACUAUAACAUUUACAAGAGGGAGCCCUUACCGAAACACUCCAUACCUUAUUGCGGGAGCUCGACCAAGAAUGGAUAUACCAACUUAAUAAUAGACGAUGCCAGAAUGAGAUUAUACGCCAGCUGCAUGGACAAUGUUAUUUACUGUUUCAAUAUAUCAACUUACAAUGCCAUGCCGGAACAGAGAUACAUAGGACACGAGAACAGCACCUUCUACAUCAAGACUUGUCUCAGUCCCGACAGCAUGUACCUAGUCAGCGGUAGCAGCGAUAAGAACGCCUACAUAUGGAAUGUCAAAUACUCGGAGCCCAUCGUGAAGCUGACGGGGCACUGGGCCGAGGUAACCUGCGCCGCUUGGUGCCACAAGGGAGACAUGAAACUUGUCACAUGCAGCGACGACGCAAGACACAAGAUCUGGAGGAUCGGCAAGGAAUUUCCCGAUGUUGAUAUCGAGUUAAAGGGGCGCGCUGAAGUCGUACCGCGCACAGAUAUUACCAGCCUGCCACAGUGGGGCUCCUUAGAUAAAACACCCAAUUCUCUUAAACGUAAACUAGUGACCACCCCUGGGUCGUACAGUGCCAAACGUAUGCGUUCACAGGCAAUUAUAUCUAAUAGAAAAACAAAACGAUGUCUCACAGAUCUCAUGAAUGCUUCAAAAGAUGCCGAAGAUAUUGAAAUAUCGACAAAAAGACUGAAAUUAGAAACUCAUCCUGAAGAACUUGAACCAAAGUUGCUACCUGCAGGCAUUAAACGUCAUGGAGAGUGCCUCGAACAAAGUCCACCUAGAAACUGCCACAUAGAAGCAUCCAACGACUGGUGCUACAUGCCUAAAGCCGGUGCCUCUUUCAUGACACCAACCAAAAAUUACGAGAACAAACAGUGCAAAAUAUUAUCACCUAAAGGCAUGAAGCCAUUGUCUCCUACAACUUCACAUAAUUAUUCAUCUCCAGUGCGAGUGUCGCCAACUAAAGUGAGGGUAAUAAGUUUCACGACGCCCACUAAGAACCUGCCUAACUAUGUGUUAGAUGGGGAGGCGCCACACUUGAGACUCAUGUCUCCAGUUAAGAAAAAAGACGCUACUACGGAUUGGUUGACCCGCAUGGGUCGCGAAAAAAAAGGAAAAUGUCCGGAAGUCAUGGAGAAAUUAAGUGUUACUGCACCGCUUAGUCCCAAAGAAAAUAUUCCACAAAGAAGGAAUUCCGUAUCAGAAAGAACACCAAAAUCUGGUAAGAAAAAUAGAACAUUAUUGAAAUAUUUUAAUGUAACUGUGAAAGAGAAAUAA